GGGACCUGGUACAGCCUGCCACCUGAAACGGUUAAGUCAACAAACGAGAUGGAUGCCCUUGAUCAUGAACAGGCUCCAGAUAUCUUGGAUUUGCUUUGGUUACUGGAGAGGCCAAAUUAUGUCGGUGCCGAUGCUCCCGGCAGCCCGGAGCCGCCGCGGGUCCCGCUGACGGCGAUGUAGAGGCGGCGCCGGCAGAGCCUGAGAAGCCCCGCGACAUGGAGGAGCUGUACAAGGACGCCCCGAACCUGCCCAUGGAUGUCACCAGCCCGCCCUCGGCCAUGGCCAACAACAAGCUGGAGAACGGGGUGGCCCAGCUGAUCACGGCCGAGGCCUGGAACAUCAACUCGGCCGACCUGAUGAAGAAGGCCCUGUCCCCGCUGGUGACGGUCCCCGCGCCCUCCAUCCUGACGCCACCGGCCGAGUCGCAGAGCGGGGUGGCCCUGAAGGUGGCGGCCACCGUGCUGCAGCCCAUCUGCCUGGGGGACAGCCCCGUCGUCCUGCCCAUCCACCUGCAGGUCGCCGGCAGCGCCGCCCCGCAGAUGCCGGCCACCAGCGCCGCAACCCCCUACGUCAUGACCACCCAGGGCCCCGUCCCGCUGCCCGUCCUCCUGGAGCAGCACGUCUUCCAGCACCUGAACUCGCCCCUGGUGCUGCCCCCGGGGGCCGCCUGCCCUGCCAGCCCGCUGCACGCCGGCCUCUUCCCCGCCACCGCCACCCCCCCUGUCGGGCAGCCCCAGCUCCUGGACCCCAAGCCCUCCGGCCAAGCGCAGGAGCCCGUCCUGCCCCCCGUCUUUCAGACGCCGGGCUUCGCCGCCGUCCUCCAGGACCUGUUUCCCUCGCAGGGCGCCCUGGGCUCAGCCCCCUGCCAGCCCCCCCCCGACUAUGCCUGCAAGCCCCAGGAGGCAUCGGGCAAGGCGGAGGGCCGGGGGGCGGCCGGCGGGCCGGCCGAGCUGCUGCGGCAGCCGCAGAAGUGGCUGGUGGAGCAGGCGGGCAGGGCGGGCUGCGAGCCCAAGGCCGGCAACAACAUCGAGAUCGUCAGCACCUCGCAGACAGCCAAAGUCAUCGUCUCCGUCAAGGACGCCGUGCCCACCAUCUUCUGCGGCAAGAUCAAGGGCCUGUCGGGGGUCUCCACCAAAAACUUUUCCUUCAAAAGGGACCUGCCCCAGGACUCGGUGCUGCAGUGCUACGACGUGAAGAGCCCGCCCGAGCCCCGGGACAGCGCCGAGGCCCUCAGGAAACCCAUCAAAAACAGGAGCGUAAAGCUAAAGAAAAUGAACUCGCCGGAGAUACAUAUUCUUCCAAUCAAGAAGCAACGGCUCGCUGCCUUUUUUCCAAGAAAGUAAAUUAUGGGUUUUUAGAAUUUUAAGAUUAUUAUGAGGAGAAGAAGAAAAAAAAUAAAAAAAAGAUGCACUUGGUUUUAAACUCAUUUAAAACUUUAAACUAUCUUUGUAAGUUAUUUUUGGGGGAAGGGGGAGAGGAUCGGAUGGAGAGUCCCUAUAAGCUGGGUUGUUUUUUUUUUUUUCCCUUUCCUUUUUUUUGUUAUCGAAUUUUGACUUUUCAUGGGAAACUGAAUAAAAAGCAACCUAUUUUUCAAGCAGAUUGCACAUUUUGCAGCUUUAAUGGAGUAAUGGAUGAGUCAGAGGGGUAAGAGCUAUUUUCACUGCCAUAAAGUGCUUUGAUGAUGUAAUUCUUCAUAACGGUCGGAAUGGAAAUUUCAAAAUAAAUGUUUGUACGUGCUAA